AUGGGUGAUAUCCCUGUUGAGGCUUUGGUGUUUGAUUCUGAGGCCUGCGAAGGCAUCGGCAAAGAGUACGUUGAUCGAACUUCCAGUGUCGACGAGGAUUUGGCCUACGUCAAAAUCGGCAAUGUCGGCCCAAACAAUCAUGGGAUCGGAGUAGGGAAAAACGAUGCCUUCUCCUCUUCCUCGGAGAAGGUUAUGGGUUCCCAUUCGACUAGCCAAAUUUUGCUAUUGCGCCUUUUAGUGAAGCUGAGGAUCUGCAGGCGCCGACUGGUUGCUAGAAUCAGCUAUUGGUGUACCGCCGCUGAUCAUGUUGAUCUGCCAAUUGCCCAGCUGCUCGGGGGCCGGAUGUGCAUUUAG